AAAUAAAAAAGAAAAGAAAAGGAGAAAUGUUGAGUCCAAUGUCAUUGUCUGGUUUUCAACAAGGGAGGGAAGGAUAGACAUACAUAUGUAAAGGAGAUUAUUACCGCAUCGGCUUUCGAAAAGGCAGACCAAUUCGGAGAGAGAGAGAGAGAGAGAGAGCGACGGAGAUGGUUUUUGUUUGACAUUUUUCGAAAACCGAGAUUAUUAUUUGUUGUUGUGUGUUCCCUCCGAUCGAGACUAGGCUAGGUGGAGAUAGAGAUGGCCGGAGCUAAUGAUGAUGAUGAUGAUCGUAACAACCAAUCGACGGCACAUGUCCGUGGAAAACGCGGGAACAAGGAGGAGGAGGAUUCUUCUACUCUUGUUGAAAUCUCGUGCUCGAUAUGCCUCGAGUUGGUGAUCGACGACGGUUCCAGAUCCAUGGCUAAGCUCCAAUGUGGUCACCAAUUCCAUUUGGACUGCAUCGGAUCCGCUUUCAACAUGAAAGGAACCAUGCAAUGCCCUAACUGUCGUAAUGUUGAAAAGGGUCAGUGGCUAUUUGCCAAUGCUUCUUCUACUCGUCUCUUUCCUGAGUUUGUCAUGGAAGAUUGGAUCCCUGAUGAAGAUUUGUAUGCUUUAAGCUACCCUGAAAUGCAAUAUCGGGUCCAUUGGUGCCCCUUUGGUGAGCUCUCUCAAGCUGCUUCAUUCGAUGAACUGGAACCUUCAGCCACUACAUAUCAUAAUGAGUUCCAUGGGCCCCAUGCCAUUGCUAUGAACCAUUCAUAUCCUGCAUACGUUGCACCAGGCCCAGCCUCCACUCCAAGAACUAGGGAUAACAGCAACAACGCAGAUGACCAUCCCUGGAACAGCCACUCUACUGACCACUUUCACCAGCUCUCUGUUGCUCCCCACUAUCACCAUCAUCAUCAUCAUCAUCAUUCUACAUCGUUUUCUCUUCCACGUGCUCAUGUAGUUGAUGGUGAAAUCGACUCUUCAGCAGCACGGGGCAUUUCUCAUCCACACCCAUUUCUCUUUAGUUAUCGGUCUAGUCCAAGAACCUCACCAGCAGCUAACACUCAACAAGGAAGCAGCAGCAGCGCCGUGCAAAUGCGUGAACACCUUCACACGCAGCAGCAGCAGCAGCAGCAGCAGCAUCAUGUUUAUAGUAAUCAGAGGCAACAUCAUGUUAAUGGUCCCAAUCUCGCAUCACCUCUGGUCUCUGUGACAAGAAGGGGAUUACAGCCACUACCAACCCCAGAUCAGAACGUUGGAUUCUUCAUUUAUCCACCACCACAAGCACCGAGCACCUCAGGUGAACGAGAAAGCGAUCAGUUUCAUCCUUGGGAGAGAGAUUGGUUUCCACAUUUCCCUCUCCCCUCGAUUCACCGCACAAUCUCUAGCUUCUGGCACAGACACUUCUGAGAGAAGAAAUCUUACCAGGCGUAUGAACAAUGUAUAAAAAGAUGAAAACUGGGAACUUGUUUGAUGAAUCAAAAUUUGUUUAUGAUGUAACUAUAACUUGGUUUUCCAAUGUACAUUUGUGGCCUUGCCAAGAAUCGUUGGUUAUUAAACAGAAAGAUUCAACCCCGACU